ACUUCUGUGUCUUUGAUAGCAUUCACGAUAUAACUAGCCAGUAGCAGCCAUGGAUUCGCAGUAUCUCGCUUCGUUAGAAGAGACGUUGAGAAAUACGUUGGUUCCUGACUCUGCCGUCAUUAAACAGGCAUCGCAGCAGUUGACCAAACAGUUCUACACCAACUCUCUAGCCCUUCCAGCUUUGUUUCAGAUUUUGCAAACUGCUCAGGACGACAAACUUAAGCAGUUGGCUGCUGUUGAAGCAAGAAAACUCGUGUUGACCAACUGGGCCAAUGUAGACGCUUCUUUGAAGCCUGCUAUCAGGGACAACUUGUUGAACAACACCUUUCAACAACCUAGCAAGUUGAUCAGACACUCCUCAGCCCGUGUCGUUGCUGCUAUUGGUGAACUUGACUUAGAAAGCAAUGAAUGGCAAGAUCUCUUGCCUACUUUGGUGAGCGGAGUGCAGAAUGCCGAUGUCCAGACUAAGGAAAUGGCUGUCUACACCUUGUACACCAUCUUGGAAACUCAGAUCCCAGCCCUUGUAGCUCAUGUAGGCGAAUUCUUGACUUUGUUCUCCAACUUGUUAUCUGACCAAUCCUCCAGAGAUGUCAGGGUCAACUCGGUAUUGUCAUUGGAUGUUCUUUCACAGUUUCUCGAGGAAGAUGCCCAAGUCGAUGCUGCCUCCGCUGCUAAGUUCAGAGACUCUAUCCCAGGAAUGGUUGAGGUAUUGAAAGAGGUUCUUGCUGCUGAUGACUCAGAAAAAGCUAAGGAUAUCUUCAAUGUAUUCAAUUCGUUGAUUUACUUGGACUCGAAGUUGGUAGGUGACCAUUUAGUUUCAUUGAUCCAGUUUGUCGCAGGUAUCGCUUCAAAUACUGACUUGGACGAAGAGUACAGAACGUUUGCAUUGCAAUUUUUGAUCUCAUGUGUCUCUAUGAGAAAAUCCAAGAUCUCCUCCAACAAGUUGGGUCCUCAAUUGACAUUGGUUGCUGUCAAGAUUGCCUGUGAGGAAAUCGAUGUAGAAGCUGAGUUGGAAAAUGAUGAUGAAGAAAACGAAAACGAAGAAAAUUCGCCAUCCAGUUUGGGUUUGAGAUUGGUAGCAAUGUUGUCGGCCGAGUUGGCUCCUUCUCAGGUCAUCACUCCAUUGUUUGAAGCUUUACCCUCGUUGUUAUCUUCUUCCAAUCAGUUCGAGAGAAGAGGUGGUUUGUUAUGUAUAGGUGUUGUUUCAUCUGGAGCUCCAGACUACGUCUCCACUCAUAUCCAAAAGAUUAUUCCAGCUGUUGUUGGAGGUUUAAAGGACUCAGAAAUUCUCGUCAGAGUGGCAGCUUUGAGAACGUUGUCGAAUUUGACUUCCGAAUUGCAAGACAUUGUAGCCGAAUACCACGAGGAGUUGUUGCCAUUGAUUAUCGACAUCAUUGAAACGGCCACCUAUGUCAUUGCCUACAAGUAUGCCUGUUAUGCCUUGGACGGUUUGAUCGAAUUCAUGAGUCACGACUCAAUGGGUACAUAUAUCGAGCCUUUGAUGAACAAGUUGUUCCAGAUGUUGCAACAGGCCAACUCGUCCAAAUUAAAGUCUGCCGUUGUUUCGGCUAUAGGUUCCACUGCUUUUGCUUCUGGUAAGGCUUUCAUCCCAUACUUCAACACAUCUAUUCAGUACUUUGAACCAUUCCUUGCCAAUGCUGCUGAAACCGAUGGUAUGACUGAAGACGACAUCGAGUUGAGAGCCCAAACUUUCGAGAAUAUUUCGACCAUGGCCAGAGCCGUUGGAACUCAAUCCUUCUCCUCGUAUGCUAAACCUUUGGUAGAAGCUGCUUAUGGCUCAUUGAGCUCCGAACACUCUAGAAUCAGAGAGUCUGGUUUCGCCUUCAUCUCCAACAUGGCUAAGGUGUAUGGACCAGAAUUCGCUGGUUUCUUGGACCAGAUCGUACCACAGAUUCUCAAGUGUUUAGAACAAGAUGAGUUCACUUUCAACGUUGAUGAAGUAGACGAAGAGGAUGACGAUGUCGGAAACGCACUCAAGGUCCACACUGGUAUCACUAUUGAAAAGGAAAUCGCCUCUGUUGCUUUGUCUGAAUUGGCUAUCGGUACUGGCAAGGAAUUUGCCAAGUACGUGGAGGCCUCGUUCAAGACGUUGUCGGACCAGAUCGAAAACUCUUAUGGUAUGAGAGAAGCCGCUAUGUCCGCUUUGUUCAAGAUCACCAAGGCUAUGUUCACUGCUGCUCAUGGUGCCUCUUUCAAAGCUCCAAAGGGUGUGCCACAAGCUGCCUACAUUGAUCCAUCUGUUUUGCAAUUGGUUCAACAACUCAGAGAAAUCGCUAUUCCUCUCUUGGAAGAAGAAUUUGAGUUGUCCAUGGUUGCUUGCAUCUUGGAUGGUGUUGCUGAUGCCAUCCAUGUCAUGGGUCCUAACACCAUCGUAGAUGAUGCUUCCAACACUUCUGCCUUGGAACAAUUGUGCGUUCAGUUGAUGUACAUCUUGAAGAAGGAACACCCCUGUCAAGUUGAAGACGAAGAAGGUCCUGCGGACGAAGAAGAUGCUUCUGAAACCGACGCAAUGAUCUACGAGAACGCCUUGGAAGUGUUGGUCAACUUGUCGCUUGAAUUAGAAGGUGACUUCGCCAAGAUCUUCGAAUCUUUCAAGAGCAUCAUCAUCUCUAACGCCCACACCAAGUCCAAGAACAUCAGAGUCAGCUCUGUUGGUGCUUUAGCCGAAAUUGUUGGUGGAUUGAAGUCCAACAACCCUUACGAACAAGAAUUGUUACAAAUAUUCACUGAUAGACUCGCUAACGACAAGUCCUUAGAAGUCAAGGGUAAUGCUGCCUACGGUGUCGGUCUUAUUGUUGAAAACAGUUCAUCUGACCUCUCUAGUGGCUACAACGCUAUCUUACAAUUAUUGUUCCAGUUGUUAAACAAGACAGACAGAAGAGCUGACAACGCUGAUGACGAAGAAACUAAAGACGUCAUCAACAGAUCAUAUGCCAACGCUUCUGGAUGUGUUGCCAGAUUGAUCUUGAAGCACGAACAAGCUGUUCCAUUGCAACAUGUUCUCGGUCCAUUGUUGGCCCACUUGCCAUUAGAAACUGGGCUCGAAGAAAACACUCCUAUCUUCAAGUUGAUCAUCAAGUUAUACAGUGACAACAACGACUUGAUUGUCAAGGAAACCCAAAAGGUGGUGGACAUCUUUGCCAAGGUCUUUGUUGCCGAUGCUGAGAGAAUCAAGUUGGUCAACGAAUCUACUUUAGGUAGAGAAGAAAACCUCGAUAGCAUGAAACAAUUCUCGACUGACGAGUUGAGAUCCAAAGUGGUAGAAUUGUUGAAGUACUUGGAGCAAAAGUUCAGUGGAGUUGUCUCCGCCAACGAAGUAUUGAGGUCGGUCAUUGCCUAAGAAAAAUUGGCUGGUUUCAAACCUUACUUCGUACCUCUACAUAUUCUUCCGAAUAUCUGCGUGAUGUUCCUUAUACACUAAUUUUGUUUUCUCCUGUAUAGCCUACAAUAUAUUAUUUAGAUCUAACCAGGAUUAUCCUCAUUGAUAAUACUCUCUUCUAGAAGUGGACGGGGCUCCCUCAAAGGGACUCGUUGAAAGGGACUGACCCUAUCCUUUUUGUUGUGACAGGUGUGUACAAAAAGUCCGUGUUUUAUGACUCAGGUGUGGGGUAUCUUGCUAUUUAAUUAAAGUGAAAAUUGUAUUUGGCUAGAUAAAUAAUUUCUGGUUU